CCUUACGUUCACAGUCGUUUUGGCAGGAGUCUUGCUGGUGUGUGGCAAAGACAAGAAGCAAAUUUUCGUUGUCGUGUGAAUGUGUGUGGCUGUGUAGUUUCAACUCGACCACAGUAAGCUCGUGGAACGUCAUAAUACGCAUUCUCGGUUGGUGUUACGGGUGUGGGAGUCAAGAACAAAGAUAUCAAAGUUGAAAUAUCAAUACACAAGCAUCAGAUAUCAAAUAAUUCAAGUGAUAUUUCGGUUAAUUUGGUUCGUUAUUCCAUUAAACACGGAAGCUGAUUAAGUUGGGACUACGCGUAACGGUAUUGUGCAAAGAGGGCGGCCUUCGGUGCUGACAAAAGGCCCCGUGGAGGUGAGAUUUUUCAUACGCAGCUAGCGGAGUCGAGAAAACAGUUUCAAGAUUCGCUGACUGUGCUGGACACCCAAUUGGACAGUGAAGCUAGUGAUCCAUUAACAAGGGAGUGAGAGAGAUAAAGAGGAUAGGCUCAAGUGCAGACGUGUGUGAGUAGUUGUCUUGGAGGUCAUCGGGAAUAAAUUUUCAUUUUUAUUCGAGUGACGUUUGGGCCCAUCACAAGGAACAACUGAAAUGUCUACACCAGCAAGACGAAGACUCAUGAGGGACUUCAAGAGAUUACAAGAGGACCCACCAACUGGUGUCUCCGGUGCUCCCACUGACAAUAAUAUCAUGAUAUGGAACGCCGUUAUUUUCGGACCUCACGACACACCCUUCGAGGACGGUACCUUCAAGCUUACCAUAGAGUUCACAGAGGAAUAUCCAAAUAAACCACCCACAGUUCGAUUUGUUAGUAAAAUGUUUCACCCAAAUGUUUACGCAGACGGAGGCAUCUGCCUUGAUAUCUUGCAGAACCGUUGGAGUCCAACUUACGACGUUUCUGCUAUACUCACAUCAAUCCAGUCUCUAUUGGACGAGCCAAAUCCAAAUUCACCAGCGAAUUCACUGGCAGCCCAGUUGUAUCAGGAAAACAAGAGAGAGUACGAAAAACGUGUUGCAACUGUUGUCGAGCAGUCGUGGCUAAAUUUUCAGGAGAGCCACGUUGAUGAUGCCCGUUGACAUUAGUCAACUCUGGCUAAAUCUCUAAACACCAUCACUGGAGACAUCCAGACGAUUUCAAUCUCAUUAUCACAUAUGCAUUAUCGACUCCCAUGACCGAAAAAGACAUUAUCCCAAUUAAACCAAUUAAAUCUGUUCUAGCUGCUCGCUGACACGUACUACUUGAUUUACGGGCAAAUUCCAUGGUAUCGGGAUUAGUUGUUCUCAGAAAUUACGUUUUUAAUUAUCAGUCAAAAAAAUCUUGGAGGUCAAAGUUUCUGAAUUUCAAGGAAUAUUUACUUAUUUUGAAGCAAUUUUCUCUAUAAAUCCAAGAAAACAAAAUUAUCAAAAACUUCAUGAAUUAGCUAAACAAUUCUAACAAGUUCGCAUUUAAUUACCUAUGAGUUUUUCAAUGAUUUUCUCGGCUGAACUAGUAAUAACAAUUGUAAUUACGUUCUUGGGAGCUCUACGACCCAAAAAAUUGAAAACGCCCCGGUGAAAUUUAAUAGACGCAGGCACUGAUGUAAUAACAAAAGAGGUGUAAGGCCUAAGAAAAAAACGAACAUAUUGUUCCAAAAUUAGCUUUUCAUUGAGAGCCGAAGUGACAUUAAUUCUCUACCCGGUCAUUAAAACUCAUGUGAUGAUUAUUUAUAAGUACACUAUGAUAUUAAUUUUGUGUAUUCGCUCAUUUCAUUACGCAUAGAAAUGAGGUAUAAUUUGAGAACGAUAAAAUAGUGACUGUGACGUGACGUAAUGAAAUUAUUAUACACAAUGAUAACAAAAUUUAAGGGAUUCUGGAACAGCUGGUAAUAAAAUUGCGGAGUGCGUCUGA